CACGCCAACAGUUUCCAGUACCUUCCCCACACACGGCAGGCAGCGAGCAAAGCCAUCCCAUGAGCCGGCCUAUGGGCGCGUGUCGCCAUAGGCCGCAGCCGGAGCCUCCUCACCGGGGGCGCAUGUGGGCCGCCUCCCCGGCCUUCCGUAGGCAGCUCGUCCUGCUCCGCUCCCUCCUCCCCCCGCCUCCUCCUCCCUCCUCCACCUCCUCCGUCGCCGCAGGCUGCUUCGCCCCGUCGUCCUCCACCUCGAGCAGCUCCAGCUCCCUCAGGGUAAGCCGCGCGAUGGCGGCGGCAUCCACGGCGACGGUGUACGAGGCGGACGCGGAGGCCGUCGUCCGCCGGAUCACGCCGCCGCUCGACCGCGCCAGGCACAAGGGCCAGGCAGGGAAGAUAGCAGUAAUUGGUGGAUGUCGUGAAUACACCGGUGCUCCAUAUUUUGCAGCUAUCUCUGCCUUGAAAGUUGGUGCAGAUCUUUCGCAUGUUUUCUGCACAAAAGAUGCGGCAACAGUAAUUAAGAGUUAUAGCCCUGAGCUGAUCGUGCAUCCGAUACUGGAGGAAUCAUACAGUGUGAGAGACGAUGAACGAGCAUUGGUUUCUUCUAAAAUUCUCACUGAAGUUGCAAAGUGGAUGGAGCGCUUUGAUUGCAUUGUCGUUGGUCCUGGCCUUGGAAGGGACUCAUUUCUUCUGGAUUGUGUGAGUAAUAUUAUGAAGCAUGCAAGGCAGGCUAAUAUUCCUACUGUUGUUGAUGGGGAUGGCCUUUUUCUUAUAACCAAUAACCUUGGUCUUGUUGAAGGCAACCCUCUUGCCAUUUUAACACCAAAUGUAUAUGAGUACAAACGUCUUGUUCAGAAGGUGCUGAACUUUGAUGUAAAUGAGGAAACUGCUGCUGAGCAACUGACGCUGCUUUGCCGAAAAAUUGGUGGUGUGACUAUAAUGCGGAAAGGAAAAGCAGAUGUCAUUAGUGAUGGUAAAACAGUGACACAAGUGAGUACUUUUGGUUCCCCAAGGCGAUGUGGUGGUCAAGGGGACAUCCUUUCUGGAAGUGUAGCAGUAUUUACAUCAUGGGCACGGUACUUUAUCUUGUCAAAUGAGCAACCUACAGAGAAGAGAGUCAAUCCUAUGACCCUGGGGUGCAUAGCUGGCUCUCUACUGCUCAGGAAAGCCGCGUCACUUGCUUUCGAGAAAAACAAGCGAUCAACCGUCACCACAGACAUCAUCGAGUUCUUGGGCAAAAGCUUGGAAGAUAUCUGCCCUGCUGAGAACUAGUUCUGCUCUCGGGGCCGGUGGUGGAGCUCCUAGCAGCCAUCCUCCCUGCCGCUCCGUGCUCCCCGACGCGAGCGACCCAUACUACCUCGACGUCCCAUACUACCUCGACGUCGGGACUCCUUCCGCAGCAAGCCGGAAAGCAAAUCAAAAGCAAAAUGGCAGUGGGAUUGGGACUGGGACUCCUUCCGCAGCAAGCUGGAAAGCAAAUCAAAGCAAAAUGGCAGUGGGAUCCUAGCGGCAAAGCAAAUCAAAGCAAAAUGGCAGUGGGAUCCUAGCGGUAGCUCACCGCGCUCACUGUUCCCAAGGCGGCCUUGCUCCAACGCAUGUGCCACAAGAAGCUCUCCUACUCCCGCGUCCGCUCCAACAGCCUACCCAACAGCCGACCUGGCCGCUUCCACCCGGCCGUCACCGUGCCUGCACAAGUCCGCCAACGUGCUCCUCGCCUGGACGGAGGAGCCAGCGCAGGCUAGCCCAGCGUGGAUCGGCGACGGGGCGAGCCACCUGGGCUGCCUCCUAGCGGGGCUCACCAACCUGCUCCACCACCCGCAGGCGCAGGAUCCGUUCCGGCGCCGAGACAAGGCGGCAGUGCCUUGGACCGACCACCUCUUCGACGAUUUCCUCCUGCCGACGCCCACGGUUGCUUCCGCGAGGCGCUCCUGGCGCUUCGGUAGCUCCUCGCUGCCACCCGCCCCUCCCUUCUUCCCGCCGCCCCUCCCUGUAAUGGUGGAAGACGCCGUGCAUGUGGGUUGGAUGCAUCCGCUCGUCUUGAACGGAUGCAUCCAACCCGCAUCUGAGGAGAAUAUUCCCUUGAUUGGGUCCAACUCAUUCCAACCCCCUCCAACCAAACAUCUCCAUAGCUAGGUCAACCCAUUCUAACCUCCUCCAACUCUCAAACCAAACGUACCCAUACUUACGAGAAUGGGAGGUGUACGGGCACAGAUCACCAGCUUAACAUGGAAAUUUGGCAUCUUGAUACAGGUUA